AUGAAGACCCAAAAUCUUCUCUAUGUUCUUCUCGUGUUGGCUGUAUUCAGCUGUAUUACUAUGGCUGGUUCGGAAAUUAGAGGGCCAUGUAUAGACAGAUUCUGUCGAAUUAUCUGUCGUAACAAUGGAUAUGAAUCUGGUCAUUGCCACCGAUGGGCUAGAGGAUAUAGUGGAUCCCUUGCCUUCUGGCUCGAGUCUUCCGUCUGCUCCGAUGAUGUCAAGGUUGCUCAAUCCGAGGUACCAGACGUAGGUGCGAGUUAG